AUGUCUUCAAUUGAUUUGGAAAACAAUUUCGCUAAUCAGAUGAAUCUGAAGAACAAUCGAGUGCUGAGCGAAUCCCGUAAUCGGAAGCGCUCGUCGGCCGUCACUCCCGUCAAUCUGGACAGUAAGGAACGGGUGAAGGAGUUUCUCGACAAGUUUGACUUCAUUUUGUCGGAUUGCGAUGGAGUUCUUUGGGUCAACAACGGGGCCGUUAAGGGCGCCCCCGAAGCCAUCAACAAACUGCGAGCCAAAGGCAAACGCGUCUGUUUUGCCACUAAUAACAGCACCAAAACUCGUCAAGAGUUUCACCAAAAGCUCACGAAACUAGGCUAUGAGUCGCAUAUGGAUGAGCUCUUCCCCACUUCAUACUCGACGGCAGUAUAUCUCAAGUCGAUUGGUUUCGACCGAAAGGUCUUUAUCGUCGGUAUGUCUGGUAUUGCCGGCGAAUUGGCUGAUGUGGGCAUCGAGUCUUGUGGCGUGGGCUCCGAUCCGACGCCCAGACACUGGACACCCGGUAUGGCUGAUGUGGAAUUGGAUGAAGACGUGGGCGCAGUUGUCGUUGGCUUUGAUAAUCAGAUAUCGUUCCCAAAGCUGACCAAAGCGUGCUCUUACGUGAGAGAUCCCAACUGUCUGUUCAUCGCCAGUAACGCCGACGAGACGUAUCCGCAUCCGGACCCACGAGUGGCAGUUCCCGGUCCGGGCGCUUACGUGGCGGCCAUUCAAGCGGUCACCGGUAAGGAAGCGAUUCCGUUGGGCAAACCCUAUAAGUACUUCUUCGACAUAAUCCGAAGACAACACCCGGAGAUCGACCCGAAGCGCACGAUUAUGAUCGGCGACCGACUGACCACUGAUAUGGUGUUCGGCAGAAACAACGGCCUGAAGACACUGUUCGUUCAGUCGGGUAUCGGAACCUAUGACGACAUGAUUAACUUCAAGAACUCCAACGAUCCGGAAGACCACAAAUGCGUUCCCGACUAUUAUCUCAACUCUUUGGACGAUUUGAAUAAAUAUCUGUAA